AUGACGUUGGUCGCCCGCGGCCAGGACCUGCUGGCCUUCGCGCUGCCGCGCAGCGGCAUCGAGGGCGCGGCGCCGGAGCGCUCCUGGCCGCUGUCGGGCGCCACGCUGCGCGCGGCCGCGGCCGAGGCGGAGGCCGCCGACUCGUCGCAGCCCGCGCCCUUCGGCUUCGAGGCGCAGGACCUGUACUCUGGCGAGCGCUGGCGCUUCGUCUGCGGCUCCUACGUCGAGCAGUGUGCUUGGCUGAGCUGCUUCGGCGGCUGCCGCGAGCCCCGCCCAGGUCUGCCGAUGGCCGCCGAGGGGCCGCCGAUGGGCGCGCCGCGCCGCGCUGCGCACGCGGCAGGCGCCGAAGGCGCCGUCGCGGCGGUGCCCUUCUGUGGCGCCGGCGAGAUCGAGGGCGCGCUCGGGCCGCUCGCCGGGAGGCCGCGGUGCCGCGCGGUGCCGGUCCGCUGCGAGCGCUCCGAGCUCGAGCGCGGGCGGCAGCGGGCGCCGGCGGCGUCGGGCGGUCCGCGUGGCGAGCGCGAGCGGCGGCGGCAGCGGGCGGAGGUCAGCUGCGCGCGCGGCGGCGGGCGGGCGGCGGCGGCGGGCGUCGGUCAGCGUCGCGAGCGGCGUGGCAACUAG